AUGCCUUAUCCAGCAGUGUUGGCAGCAAGACUGAAGUCGGGAAGUAUGACAAGUGUGGAAGGUUUCAUAAAGGUGAAUAUCUUUCUGGAUCCAACACUUAUUUUUGGUGCCAACAAUCAAGAUAUAUGCCAAGGAAUUGCCCUAGCUUGGGACGAAGGGCUCCAACAGAUUUUAAGAGUGGUGCUAUACCAUCUCAAAGAAAUUUUGAAAGGUUUAGGGCAACUAAGUCCGCGGGAUCAAUGCCAAUCCAAGGUGAAGAGAACAUUGGGCCAAUUUACUCCUGCUCAAUGGGACAAAGAUGAAUGGCAUCCCCUUCAAGGGCCAUGGAGGUUCAUCCAAGUUCUUACUCUUUGUGUCGUCUUCCUCACUGUCGAGCUAAACACAUUCUUUCUUAAGUUCUGCCUUUGGAUACCGCCCGGAAACCCUGUUGUGAUUUAUAGAUUGAUCCUAUGGUGGAUUAUUGCAAUACCCACUAUUCGCGAGUACAACUCCUACUUGCAAGACAGGAAGCCAACGAAGAAGAUAGGAGCAUUUUGUUGGCUUUCAUUAGCUAUUUGCAUUGUGGAACUCCUCAUAUGCAUCAAAUUUUGCCAUGGUCUAUUUCCCAACCCAAUGCCUCCAGCAUGGCUGGUAAUCUUCUGGGCCUCUAUGGGGUUAAUGCUGGUGCUCUUCCUACUGUUCUGGACAUGGCGAAAUCAUUGUGUUAUGCACAAAAAGAGGCAAUAAUUUCUAUUUAAUUUCUCAUAUUCCUGUUUUUUUUUCUUAAUUUAUUU